AGAGCUCUAGAAAGGCAGAUAGAGAGGGAGCAGAGGCAACGGCCCUCUUCUGGAGGGGGGGCUUAUUAUAACAAAUAUACACACAUGUGUGAACAGUUUGGCCGCACGAUAGGUCAUAUGUGGAUAACAGUUAUUUUAGAAAAGCAUACAUUCGCGGCUUUACAUUUAAAAUGCCUAUUUUACUUUUCCUGUUAGACACGUCCGCCUCUAUGAAUCAGCGCACUUAUUUGGGUACGACGUAUCUGGACGUUGCUAAAGGCGCGGUUGAGGUCUUUAUGAAGCUGCGUGCCCGAGACCCGGCUAGUAGAGGCGACAGGUACAUGCUAGUUACAUUCGAUGAUCCACCAUACGGAGUGAAGGCCGGCUGGAAGGAAAACCAUGCCACCUUCAUGUGCGAGCUGAAGAACCUGCAGGCAUCUGGGCUGACAACAUUAGGUCACGCUCUCCGCACAUCCUUUGAUCUGCUUAACCUCAACCGCCUUGUCUCAGGCAUCGACAAUUAUGGACAGGGCCGUAACCCCUUCUUCCUUGAGCCAUCUGUGAUCAUCACUAUCACUGAUGGGAACAAGCUCACACACAGCUCUGGGGUGCCAGAUGAGCUGCACCUGCCUCUGAACUCUCCAUUGGCAGGCAGUGAGCUAACCAAAGAGCCCUUUCGCUGGGACCAGCGUCUGUUUGCGUUGGUGCUGAGGCUGCCAGGAGCAGUCACACCAGACAACGAGCAGCUAGGCAGCGUCCCCACAGAUGAGUCUGCCAUCACCCAGAUGUGUGAAGUCACUGGAGGACGAUCAUACUGUGUGCGGACACAGAGGAUGUUGAACCAGUGUCUAGAGUCUCUGGUACAAAAGGUUCAAAGCGGUGUUGUCAUUAAUUUUGAGAAGACAGGGCCAGAUCCACUUAUCAUCGGGGAAGAAAACUCAGUGGAGUCAAUUCGUCCCGUGUCAUCCUUCAGCCAACAGCCGUGGCACAGUUGCCACAAACUCAUCUACGUACGCCCGAACCCAAAGACGGGGGUUCCAGUUGGGCAUUGGCCCAUACCAGAGUCCUUCUGGCCAGACCAGAACUCUCCUACCCUGCCACCUCGCACUGCACAUCCUGUAGUCCGUUUCUCUUGUGUGGACUGUGAGCCCAUGGUGAUUGACAAGCUUCCCUUUGACAAGUAUGAACUGGAGCCAUCUCCACUCACCCAGUUCAUUUUGGAAAGGAAGUCUCCACACAUGUGCUGGCAGGUGUUUGUUACCAGCAGUGCUAAGCAAAAUGACCUGGGACAGCCAUUUGGCUACCUUAAAGCCAGCACCACUCUCACCUGUGUCAAUCUGUUUGUCAUGCCCUACAACUACCCAGUCCUUCUCCCACUCCUCGAUGAUUUGUUUAAAGUGCACAAACUAAAACCAAACCUCAAGUGGCGACAGGCUUUUGAGAUGUACCUGAAGACUAUGCCUCCAUACUUUCUUUUGCCCUUAAAAAAGGCGUUGAGGAUGAUGGGUGCACCUAACCUUAUUGCAGACACCAUGGACUGUGGCCUGAGUUACAGUGUAAUCUCUUACUUGAAGAAGCUCAGCCAGCAGGCAAAGAUGGAAUCAGAUCGUCUAAUCGUCUCUGUGGGGAAGAAGGCUCCCCAAGAAACCGGCAUAAAGGUGAAGAACCACUCCAGCUCUCUCUCACUGGCCCACCGCAGGGACUUUAAGCAGCUGCUGCAGGGAAUCACCGGGGAGGGCCCUCUUCGCCUGGUGGACAUGAACUUCAAAGAGUUCGCUGGCUUCCAGAUCGCCCUGCUCAACAAGGAUUUAAAACCUCAAGCCUAUCGAAAUGCAUACGACAUCCCAAGACGGAACCUUCUGGAUCAACUCACCCGAAUGCGCUCCAAUUUGCUGCGGACGUCACAAAAACUGAUUCGAGGGCAAGAUGAAGACUAUCUGCACAGCAUCCCAGUGGCUCAGAUGGGAAACUAUCAGGAGUACCUCAAAAUGAUGCCAUCUCCUUUGAGAGAGAUCGACCCUGACCAACCUAAACGCCUGCACACGUUUGGGAAUCCUUUCAAGCAGGAUAAGAAGGGGAUGAUGAUCGAUGAGGCAGAUGAGUUUGUAGCGGGCCCUCAAAAUAAGAAAAGAGGAAAUUCCAGCGAUUCCAACUCAGGGGCCACUGUGAAGCGAAGGCGGAGUAUGUCCCCAUUACUGCGGCGGUCACAGACUCCACCAGUGACCACCAACCAUGUGGUGGUGGGAAAGAAUCCGGUGGGGGUUCAAGGGCAGCAGAACCUCCUCAAACCCAUCCCCCAGCACAAAGGAGUGGAUGACAGCAACAUGGUGGUCACUGAGAGUAACGGUGACGGGGUUCUUGGCCCUGAUUCGGGGGAGAUCUGGCUCGCUGAGAUUGACAGUGUAGCAGGGAACGCACCCUCACUGAGUCUAGAGGAGAAGGCCGGGCUGGUGGCAGCUGAACCAGAAGAGGACAUCCACAUGACGGAGGAGGGACUACCGGAAGAUCGUCUUGAUGAGCAGUCGCUGGAGGAGAAACACAACUGUGAGAGACUGAGUCCGCAGAGCCACUUAGAGGGCACUGAAGCUGACCCUGCAGUGCUUGAGACUAUAUUCAUAGCCCCACUAGACGGCAGCCAAGCAGAGCUGAGGAGUCGGGUCAUCAAGGAGGUCCGCAAACCUGGGCGAAACUAUGAGGCAAUACUCAGACUACUGCAGCAGGUCAAAGGACCAGUUAAUGUUCAAAGGUACUUCAUCCAACAUGCUAUCAAAGAGGCUGUCAGGUUCAAGAAGCGGGUACUGAUCCAGCAGCUGGAGAUGGCUCUCGCUGAGGUAGAGAAGAAGCAAGCAACAUCCUCGCAGCUUCUCAAUGAUCAUGGAAGUUUGUGAGGAAGCCACCUUGAAAAGAGACGUCUGUGUUGACUAGCCUCAAAAAGACGAAUUGGGGGGGGGGGCGUGCAAAUGCACUGGUAGCAGACGCUCCAAAUGUCUCUGUGCUGUUACAUCACAUCCUGUAAGAGCCGAAAGGUAGGGGGUUUAACUGGAGGAGGGGCCUUCAGGACACAUCCACUGAAGAUUUGUAAAGAGAUUUGAAUAUAAUCCUCCUUAAAUUGACAGAUGCCUUAAAAAUCCAUAUGGCUUUUGUCUGUAUCGGCACAUUGUUCAGUAGACACACACACACACACACACACACACACACACUCCGUUAGACAGAUACACAAUAAGCCGUAAGAUCCUCAAAUGGCAGUUGUUGUUAUUUAAAAAUAGACCUUUCUUCAGCUGGUCUGAAAAGUGUUUGUAAGACUGCAAUUUCUUUUUAUUUUUUAGUAAAAAAAUGUUGUGCAUUCAUGUAGAUUCAUGGCGAAUAGGAGAAAUUUGAUCCACAAAACGAUACUGUUACCUAAUAUUUUCCUGGCCGUAACAGCAGAUACUGAAGCAUUAACAGUAGCGGUGGGCGAAGAAUGGAGACUAAAUGUAAGUUCAUGUUGCAGUAGCAAUAGUGCUAUAUCGUCAAUCUUAAGGAAAAUCAAUUGAGAAACCACUGAAAGUUAAAAUAUCCACAUGGAAAUGUCUGUUUUUGGCAAUCCAGUCAACCUUCACACCUCUGUUUUAACCUAAUUAACUGGCAUUUAAAAGUCCGGGACCAUUUUGUUACUAAUUUAACAGUUCUCCUGGAAAAACACUUCACACUGUAGUGACGCACACUGAAAGUAUAUAGAUGUAUCAGUAUUUUGGGACACUUGCACAUUACUGUGUUGGACUGGAAAUGGAUUUUUCCGUGAAAUACCUACCACAAGACAGUUGUGUUUACUGGUUUAUUGACUGAGCAUCAUUAUCCGCCAUUUCAGCAAUAGAAUAUGAGUUCAGUGAAUGCAGCUGUUAGUAUCCACUUAGUUUACUCCUCCAGAAGACAGAGAGAUAGUGUCCUGUAAAUCUCCCUCCACAGCACCACAAACACUCCUUUGAUUCCCAGAAUUACUACUUUAUUCGGAGGAAUUUCUGCAUCUGUCCGGGCUCAGCCGAGGGUCACCUGUUGUUGAACUUUAACAGCUGGUAAUCUCCCCUCUGCCGCUUUUUACAUAAACCCAGGUUAGCGCUCCUCUGUUUUCCUUGUUUUUAUGACAGAUGUACACUACUUUUUAAUGUUCAUAAGGAAUAUAGAUUAUUUUUGUGAAUUUGUUUAUUUCAGAGUAUAAGAAAUAUUUUGAAUAAAAAUGUUUAAUGCCAAUUUUGUAAACUGUUAAAUACAUCUAUAAAACGGAAAAGUUUUUUUUAACAAAACAAAAAAUAAACCACAGGUAGAAUGGUA